GCAACCACUUCCUCCGAGCUCCCACCCCGGCCAUCUUUAUUUAACUCAUUCAUGAAAAGUUUUUGUAACGACACUAGAACAUUUUUGCAUUUGGCUACGCAUCUAACGAACCACUGGACACAUUUUAAUUGUUUUUGUAUCAGCGUGCUCCAGCGUAUGCUACAUCGUAGCGUAUUUCUGUCACAGCCAAAGUUGGACUGAAAGCGUUAGAAUGAGAAAAAAGCAGAAUGUGAAACAGAGAAAGGCAGAAACAAUAACCGCAACAAUAAUAACACCGACACCAUUAACAACAACAACAACAGUAUCAACAACAGCAGCAGCAGCAGUCGUCCAGGAGUUUGUGGUUGAGAAGAUAAUCCAUCGAAGGGUCUCCAAUGGAAGAGUAGAGUACUAUCUGAAGUGGAAAGGAUUCACUGAUGCUGACAACACCUGGGAACCCGAGGACAACUUGGUCUGUCCUGAACUCAUAGAAGAGUUCCUGAGAAACCUCUGUUUGUCUGGAGAGAAUCAGGUGGAGGAAGAGAACCUACGGCCGGUGGAACCAGAGCUAGUCCCCAAAGAGGAACUGGCAGGACAGGAGACGGAGAUUCAGGUGUACAGCGAGCAGAGACAUAAUGACCUCCAGGAACCAGCUGACCAGGAUUCUCCUACUGCCCUCACCUGCCCCCUGGAACCUGAACGUAUCAUCGGCUCCACAGACAGACACGGAGAACUCAUGUUCCUCAUCAAAUGGAAGAACCGUGACGAGGUGGCCCUGCUGUCAGCCAGGGAGGCCAGCGCCAGGUAUCCUGAGAUGGUUGUAGGCUUCUACGAGGACAAACUCACCUGGCACUCUGGGGACGAGGACCAGUAAAGGGUGUGUGUGUGUGUGUGUGUGUGUGUGUGUGUCGUAGAGUGUGUGCAUGUGAGUACACAAGUAUGAAUAUGAACUGACAAGCAUCUGUAGGCAUCUCAUAGGUUAAUUUCUCCUCCAGCAAACCAAGGUCCUCCUUGAGCUGACAUUAAAGGCACAGUGUGUGAAACAAUGUCCUGCUGCAGGUAGAUUGAGUCAUCAUGGCAGGUGUAAAAUCCCUCUACGGGGUUGGCUGGGCCUCUUCCUGCUUCCUGUGGUGCUGGGUGAGGUCACAAUGCCUUUGGGGGUUCAGAACCAUUCAUAGAGACGUCUAUCUCUCUCUGUGGCUCUGAUUGAGUUGAAACUAAGGAAAUGAAGGCAGACAGUUCACACUGAUGAAUGCUCCUCCCAGUCUAUUGUACAACAUCUCAACCCGAAGCUCUUUGUCAAAGCCUGGCGAAGUGUGCGAGUAUCUCUCUGGAUUACAUGUCUUUGUUUUUUUUUAAAGUGACUGGAUGUGCUUCCACUACGUUUGAAGAGUUGAAACUAACCCUUGGCAUUCCUCUCCCAGUGUCUUCAUGUACUGUAGCAGACUGAAUCACUGUGGACACUGUGUUCUGUGUGACUACUGAUACUGUGGUCAUAGAACCCCAUGUGAUUGUAUUGGACUUUAGUAGUAGAUGUAGGUUCUUGUAUCUUCUGCCUCUGGGGCACCUUGGUCACAAGGCUCUCCCUCCGGCUCUUCCACUGUGAGAUGUCUGUUGUUUUAUUAAGUAGGAUACUUAUCUUGUAUAGUAAUGGGUUCACUGUGAGAUGUCUGUUGUUUUAUUAAGUAGGAUACUUAUCUUGUAUAGUAAUGGGUUCACUGUGAGAUGUCUGUUGUUUUAUUAAGUAGGAUACUUAUCUUGUAUAGUAAUGGGUUCACUGUGAGAUGUCUGUUGUUUUAUUAAGUAGGAUACUUAUCUUGUAUAGUAAUGGGUCCACUGUGAGAUGUCUGGUGUUUUAUUAAGUAGGAUACUUCUCUUGUAUAGUAAUGGGUUCACUGUGAGAUGUCUGUUGUUUUGUUAAGUAGGAUACUUAUCUUGUAUAGUAAUGGGUCCACUGUGAGAUGUCUGUUGUUUUAUUAAGUAUAGUAGUAUUGUAUAGUAUUGGGUUCACUGUGCAUUACACUCAAUAGAUAACUACUGGUCACCUAAUAUGAUAUCUGCACCAUUUACUUUUUGCCACCAUCCUUGAUAUUGUACUUUUUCUGUGUGUGUGCGAUUCAAAGUUGAUAAAUGUGUUACAUUUAGUUUACUGACAAAUGUAGAAAAGUGUUGAAUGAUAGUAGACAGUAUACUGUUUGAUGUAGAACGUGAUAGUAGACAGUAUACUGUUUGAUGUAGAACAUGAUAGUAGACAGUAUACUGUUUGAUGUAGAACAUGAUAGUAGACAGUAUACUGUUUGAUGUAGAACGUGAUAGUAGACGGUAUACUGUUUAAUGUAGAACAUGAUAGUAGACGGUAUGCUGUUUAAUGUAGAACGUGAUAGUAGACGGUAUACUGUUUAAUGUAGAACAUGAUAGUAGACGGUAUGCUGUUUGAUGUAGAACAUGAUAGUAGACGGUAUGCUGUUUGAUGUAGAACAUGAUAGUAGACGGUAUGCUGUUUAAUGUAGAACAUGAUAGUAGACGGUAUGCUGUUUGAUGUAGAACAUGAUAGUAGACGGUAUACUGUUUAAUGUAGAACAUGAUAGUAGACGGUAUGCUGUUUGAUGUAGAACAUGAUAGUAGACGGUAUGCUGUUUAAUGUAGAACAUGAUAGUAGACGGUAUGCUGUUUGAUGUAGAACAUGAUAGUAGACGGUAUACUGUAUAAUGUAGAACAUGAUAGUAGACGGUAUACUGUUUGAUGUAGAACACAACCAAGGGUUCUGUUAGUGACCAUGGGGAUUUGAUGAGUUACUCUGAUCAAAAUGUGACGUCACAUAUGAAAAAAGUAUAACUGAUAUGAUUAUGUUAAUUUUACCCAGUCACUGAUUGUUCUCGGCUACUCUUAACCAAAUAUUUAUCCACCAACCUGUAUUUGUUACUGAUAAAUCAUUGUUUUGUUAAGGGGCCCAGAGUUAUAUAUGUUCAGGACUAACUCUAGUCCCUACACAAAAUGACUGACACUGUAUUCAUUGUGCACCUCUCCCAUGACUGGAAUGUUAUGGGACAAUGGAAUGUUAUGAGGCAAUGUCUGCAUCCCAAACAGACCCCUACUUCCUUUGUAGUGCACUAUAUAGGGAAUGGUUUGCCAUUUGAUACUCUGCCAUUCUGUUGAACCUUUUGUUCUGGGCUGCCUCUGACUGACUAAGUUACUGUACCUGUUGACCUUUGACCUGUGAAGUGUCUGUCUGUGAAUAAAGGUAGCUGUCACCCUGUGAGCCUUUAA